AUUCCCAGCUCCCACGGUCUCCAGAUUCCAGGCAUAAGAUGAAAGGCUCGGGUCUCGCAUUCACCCUUCUCUCUGCCAUGUUUUACCUCCUCUGCACUCCUUCUACUGGGCUGAAGACACUUCAUUUGGGAAGCUGUGUGAUCACCUCAAACCUUCAGGAAAUACAAAGUGGAUUUUCCGAGAUACGGGACAGUGUGCAAGCCAGAGAUGGAAACAUUGACAUCAGGAUCUUGAGGAGGAUGGGGUCUUUGCAAGACACAAAGCCUGCAGAUCGGUGCUGCCUCCUCCGUCAUUUACUGAGGCUCUAUCUGGACAGGGUAUUUAAAAACUACCAGACCCCUGACCAUCAUACCCUCCGGAAGAUCAGCAGUCUCGCCAAUUCCUUCCUUGCCAUCAAGAAGGACCUCCGUCUCUGUGUGAGGAAACGGAAGCCCGAGCUCCUGCUAUCCGGAGAUCGGGUCAGAGCCGUUGACUGCACUGCCACUCCUGAUACACCCACAUCACCUGUGUCCCCUGAGUGGUUCCAGGCAGAGCAACGCAGUCCAAGGCUGCCCCACCAGGACACCGGGGCACGUUUUGGUUGA